GCCAACCAACUCAAUCCUCCCGGGAUCGCACCGCAUCCACAUCGGGACGGCACUUCCAUCCACUCCCUCCUUUGCGCUUUAAGGAAAUCCUUUUCCUUUGGGCAAAUUGGUUCGUCAGCUUGGUGGGGGGGCAUUCCUAUGUUUGCGACGACGCAGGUCAGGGCAGAGGACAGCUGCAACAAAAACCAACCCCCAGAUGACCCCGUCGUCGUCGCCGACAACAGCAACAACAAUGCCCCCCCGUCAGCGGACCACCGCCCAGCUUCGCAGCAUAGCCAGGAGGGAGUGACCCCCGACGAAGAGCAGCCGCAGCAGCAGCCGCAGCAGCAGGAGGAGCCAGGUGACGACGGCAUCUGGGUCACCAGGCGAUCCCCCAGCCUCGCUGACGACGAAUACUAUCUCUACCGCACCGGCAGAUCCCUCCGCAGAGGAGAAGCGCCCUAUGUUAAGAACAUUGGUGGUGCCGCUCUGAUGGAGGUGCAGUCGCCCAAUUCGUUCCCCGAGGGAGGCCGCGAGGCGUGGCUCGUCGUCUUUGGCUCGUUUUGCGCCAUGGGCGCCAUCUUCGGCCUCAUCAACUCGAGCGCCGUCUUCGAGUCGUACUUUAGGACGCACCAGCUGCGCAAGUACAGCCACUCGCAGAUCGGCUGGAUUUUCAGCCUCUACCUGUUUCUGGUUUUCUUUGUUGGUCUACAGGUCGGUCCCGUGUUUGACCGUCACGGCCCGAGGCUGCUUGUCGCGGCCGGUAGCAUCUGCAUCGUCUCGAGUCUCAUGCUUCUUAGCAUCUCCACUGAAUACUACCAAAUCAUCUUGACAUACUCAGUGCUCGGAGGGCUGGGCGGCGCCCUGCUCAACGCUCCGGCGUACGGUGCCAUUGCCCACUUCUUCAAGAAACGUCGCGGUCUCGCCACAGGCAUCGCGACCACGGCUGGCGGCAUCGGCGGCAUCGUAUUCCCUUUGCUCUUGCGAUAUCUCUUGGGAAAGAGGGGAGUCGGCUUCGCCUGGAGCUGUCGCAUCCUGGGCUUCAUUAUCCUCGGGCUCUGCGCCCUAGCCAAUCUCUUCAUCAAGACUCGCCUCACCCCCAGUCGCCCUGUAGCGGACGAAGGCGGCGCGACAAAGGCUUCGGUCUUGCCCGAUCUUACCAUAUUCAGGGACAAACGCUUCACGCUGACCGCCGUGGGCAUCUUCUUCAUGGAAUAUGGGCUCUUUGUGCCUCUCACGUACAUUGUCUCAUACGCCACGUCGCACGGCUUUGACGUAUCCGAUGGCAUGAUUCUGCUCGCGUAUCUCAAUGCGGGUUCCGUUCUGGGGCGUUUUCUUCCGGGGAUACUCGCCGACAAGCUCGGGCGCUUCAACGUCAUCAUCAUGACCAUCGGUCUCUGCGCCGUCACCGUCCUGGGCAUAUGGCUCCCGUCUGAGUCGUCGCACGCCGCCAUCAUCGGCUUCUGCGUCACGUUUGGAUUCGCAAGCGGCAGCAACCUUGGCCUCAUCCCCGUCUGUCUAGGCCAGUUCUGCUCGUCCAAGGACUUUGGGCGAUACUACUCGACGGCGCAGAUGGUGGCGAGCUUCGGCACGUUAAGCAGUGUGCCCAUUGGGGGCGCGCUUCUCGGCCUGAAAGGACACCUUGGCUGGGAGGCCCUGAUGUUGUUCGCGGGCUCUUCUUAUGUGGUGGCUUUGAUCUGCUACGCAUCUGCCCGAAUAUUGUCUGUUGGUUGGCGGCCUUUGAAAAAGUUCUAAACGUAUUCCGUAGUCGAUGUCUCUCCCAAGGUGCGGCGUGCCGCCACAUCGCAAGACCUUGGGGGCAUGACCAAAAUUAGCAUGUAAGACUAGAUAUCCCCUCAAAUUGAGAC